UGGAGCCACCAGGAGAGGAUGGGAAGGAAAAAAGAUUGUAUUUUCCCCCUCUUCUUUAUUAUUUUAUUCCUGGACAUUUGAGGAUUUAAAGAUGCACUUCAUUUACAUGCCUUAAAUGUAAUGACUCAGCUUGCCUUUUAAACAUCUCCUUUACUUUCUAAAUCAGUUCAUUCACUGUUCCCCAUCCUCAAAUCAUUUCUUCUCCCCUUUUUCCCGCUCUUUUUAAAAAAAUCUUCUUAGCUUUCCCUCCAUCCCUGUUUUCCUGAGACGGUCUGGACCUGCACCUGGUUCACUGAGGACCGGAGGGAGUGUCCUGAAGGGUCAAACCAAUGGAUCUGUCCUGAAAAAAACCUUUUAUCAACGACACGAACUCAACCACAGAGAACAAACCAAGACUCAAGGAGGAGAGGAAGGGAAGAGAUGAAUCCCAGGUAUUGACCAACUCACACUGAACAACUUUAGGAGAAGAGGCUGGAGAGACGUGGUGCAGGGUCGGACCUCAUGGAUUGAGUGGUAGAUGCAGAGGCUCGUGCAUGCGUCCUGCACACAGAUGUUUUCAUAAAGUGAAUUGGGGUCAAAGCGUGAACGAGCUUCUCUUGACCCUCUUGGCACUGAGAGAAAACACUUUCAUAUAAAGAGCGUCAUGCAGGGCGUAAGUCUCAGCCGCUGGUCGCUGGUCCUCCUGCUGCUUUGGACCCUGACAGCCGUCGCUGAAUCAGCCGGUGUCACGAGCACAGAACGAGGAGGAGCUGGAAGAAGCCAGAGGAGAGGAGGCGGAGGAGGCGCAGAGAAGAAAAAGAGGUACCACCGCAUCCAACAUGGCCAGUGCAGCUACACCUUCAUCCUCCCGGAGCUGGACGGAUGCCAGGCCGGAGGAUCGCCGCCACAGACCGAACCAUACGGCGGCUCCCGCAGCAGGACGAGUGUCGUGCAAAGAGACUCGCCGCCGAUAGACGGUGACUGGUCGGCUCAGAAACUGCAGCACCUGGAGAACACGAUGGAGAACAACACGCAGUGGCUGCAGAAGCUGGAGAGCUUCGUUCAGAAGAGCCUGAGACGAGACGUCACCAACGUGCCGUCACACGUCGUUCACAACCAGACGGCCGCCAUGCUGCAGAUCGGGACGAACAUCCUCACGCACACGGCGGAGCAGACGCGCAAACUCAACGUGGUGGAGGCCAAGGUGCUGAACCACACGUCUCGGAUAGAGAUCCAGCUUCUGGAGAAUUCUCUGUCCACCAACAAGCUGGAGAAAGAGCUGCUGCUGCAGACGUCCGAGAUCAGUCGACUGCGAGACAAGAACAGUCGUCUGGAGAGUAAAGUUCAGAUGCUGGAGUCUCAGCAGAGAGGAGAGCUGGAGGACAUGAAGCAGGAGAAGAACAGGCUGCAGUCUGUGGUCAGGACUCAGAUGUCGGCCAUCGACUCUCUGGAGAAGCAGCUGAGAGUCGCCAGCAGCAACAACACGGCUCUGCAGAGGCAGCAGGCUCUGCUGAUGGAGUCUGUCCACACACUCAUUAACAUGGUGUCCAGUACUACAGUGUCACCUCUGAGGAGCCAGAUGUGGAGGGACUGUGCAGAUGCUUACAAGGCCGGUCACUCUGUCAGCGGUCUCUAUCACAUCCACAUCGGCAACAGGACUGCACCUGUGCAGGUGUACUGUGACAUGGAGACGAGUGGCGGAGGGUGGACGGUGUUCCAGCGGCGGUUUAACGGCAGCGUGGACUUCCAGAAGAGCUGGAGCGACUACAAGACGGGCUUCGGGGACGUGUUAGGAGAACACUGGCUGGGUAACGAAGUCCUGCACCUGCUCACCAGUCAGAGUCAGUACUCUCUGAGGGUGGAGCUGAGAGACUGGGAGGGAAACCCCGCCCACUCCCAGUAUGACCGAUUCACACUGGCCAGUGAGAAGCAGCAGUACAGGUUGUACCUGAGAGGUUACAGCGGCUCAGCGGGGAGGCAGAGCAGCUUGGCCACACAUGGAACCGGCUUCAGCACCAGAGACCGGGACAACGACAACUGUGACCACUGCAAAUGUGCCCUGAUGCUCACCGGAGGUUGGUGGUUUGACGCCUGUGGCUUCUCCAACCUGAACGGUAUCUACUACACCGUCGGCCACAACAUCAGGAAGCUUAAUGGCAUCAAGUGGCACCAUUUCAGAGGCCCGAGCUACUCCCUGCACUCCACCUCCAUGAUGGUACGACCCUACGACUUCUAACAGAACCCCCCGGCCUCCUCCAGGCUGAUGGUACGACCCUGUGGCUCCAUAUCACCCCUGCUCCAAAAUGCCUUCCUGAUUAUGUGAACACCCCUCCAGCACCAUGAUGGUUUGACCCACCCAUCCUCCCCCCUGAUGGUUCAGUCCGACAGCUGAUAACAAACCCUCUGAGAUCCACGGUGGUUCAAACCUAAAGUUCAGAAGAUCCUGAGAAUCACAAACGUAACGGUGAAACCUGUCUGAGCAGACUUCAUGCAGACACGGGUCACAGUGAUGAUGUCAUGUGAUGUGAACAGCUUCAUGUGCAGGUUGAUAAAGUUCAGUUGAAUAAUAAAGAAACAACUGGGUGAAGGUUUGGAUUUGAAAACACUAAACUAUCACUCCAAAGUUAUUUUAUAGCUGUUUCUAAUGAGUCUUUUAUUAAUGAAGCCAGUGGUUGGACCGCGACACAUGUUAAUCGACAUUUUUUACAUUUGAAGUGAAAGUGAUUCGUCAUCUGGAGCCACAUCUGGAGCCUCAGCUAACACUCAUACUCUGCUGGUCGUCGUCUUCUUCUGUGGUCUGGGAGGACUGGUCCGGCCUGGAGAGACAGACAAAUAAAGAAAUGUCCCUGUCAGGACUCAAAGACACGAGAGAAGCAGAUUGUGGUUCAUGGAGGUUUGAGAUGCAUCAACGGUCUGUGGACAAACGUCGGCGACUGUGACACUGCUUCAUGCCGGAGAACAGACAUGACACUUAGUCACAUACAGCUUCUACUCUGAGUUUCUGAGAGUGGAAGCAAGGAAGAAAAUGUGAGACAAAGAAAGAAAGAAAGAAAGAAAGAAAAAAUAAGUUGUUUCAUGUUGGAUAGAAAUUCUGGACAAUGAGCAAAGAAAGAAAAGAAUAAAAGAAGACUUGAUGCUUCAUCAGAGUCCAGGUUCUGCAGCAGAGAAACGUUGCUUUAAUUAUCUCUAAUCCAAACAACCUGUUUAUUCUCUUGUUCCUGGUUGGAGUCCACAUUUUAUCUUCACACACACACACACUCACACACACACACACACACACACACCACACACACACACACACUUGUGAUUGUUAUACAGACAUUAAAUGAGUUACAGGACAGGUUUAUAUUAUUUCACCUGAGCUGUUCUUCUGUGUCUGACUCACCUGAGGUUAUAGUGUUUGUCAGGUGACGUCACGUUGUAGUUACAGUUUAGUUCCUGGUGUCACGAUGUGAAAACUGGAUGGUUGUGUCUGAGUGUGUUUGACAGUCAAAGAAGUGAGUGGUGUUUUUUAUCAUUUAGCAACAUCUCUAUAGAAACGUGUGUUUUCUUAGAGUCGGGAUAUUUACUGUCUGAUCAGGAUGCCAGUGAUCAAUAACUUCCUUCCUGAUCGAUUAUCAAUGGUGAAUUCUUCACUACAAACAACUGAGUGUGCUCAGUUAUCCAGCAGAAACCUGAGCACAUACGGUGCAGGUUCAUGAGUCCUCACCUUGUCAUCAGCUCAGAGGGAAGGAUUUUUCUAUGAAGCACAAAACUGGAAAAGUCACAAUGCAACAGAGAGAGAGAGACGUGGCGUUCCUCUGACACGACACACGACAGGAUCACACCUUUUCUACAGACUGAAACUUUACAAAACUUUAAAGGAAUUGUUCAACAUUUUGGAAAAUACACUUACUGAAUUUCUUAUUGAGAAUCAGCUGAGAAGAUCGACACCACUCUCAUGUCUGUACAAUCAAUGUGUAGCUACAACCAGCUGUUAGCUUAGCUUAGCAUAAAGACUGGAAACAGAGGGAACAGUUAGCCUGGCUCUGUCCAGUGGAAACAAAAUUCCCCUCACAGCAUCUCUGAAGUGGUUUCCUCCUGUUUACGGUCUUUCUGCUGAGCUAUCAAUCAAUCAAUCAAUCAAUCAAUCAAUCAAUCAAUCAAUCAAUCUGAAUUUGUUUGGCACCUUUUAUACAGGUUGGUGCAACUUAAAGUGCUCUACAGAUGAAAACUGGUAAUAAAACAACAGUCUGAGACUAAUGACGAGAAAUAAAAAUAGUGAAGUCAUAAUAAAAGUAAAGAUUUUAAAUUUCUAAAAAAUAAAAUAAAUAAAUAAAUAUAUAUAAAUAUAUAUAAAUAUAUAUAUAUAACUAGAUAAAAUAGACAAAAAACAAUGACAACAGCAAUGAGAGGGAAUGAACAUUGUGUUGGUUAAAUAAAAUGAAUAAAGGCCAUAAAACAUUCUCAUUAAAAACCAGGCUGAAGAGUUUGGUUUACGGUUUGUGUUUAAAGAUACUGACUCUUUCAAAUGAAAUGAUUCAAAUUAACUUUUCCAACAGUUUAAAAACUAAAAGCUGCCUCGCCAGAAGUUUCUGUUCUGCACAUCAACUAACAGACUGAAAUCAGAGGCUGAGGAUCCUGGUUCAUAAAGAUGUCAGACUGAUGGUUUAAAGUCAAGCAGAAGAAGAUAAGUAACCAGCUACUGACAGAGUGGUUUCUAUCUUCUCCUCUAAAUCUCUCCAAGGAAGCGAAAGAGCAUUUUCCCCAAAAUCUCAAAUUAUUCUUUUAAAAAACACAAUUCUGCUGGUAUCGUUUGUGCAUGUUGGUCGAGUGAAAGAAGUCGACAUUGUGCUGACACAAAGUUUUCAUGUAAGAAUAGAGAACGAUUAUUAUCCUGAGUCACUGUCAUGGAGCCUGUGAGAUUCUCUGCAGGUUUUAAAUGGCCGAGUGCUCUGUGCUUCACUCUUAUUGAAAUGCACUUUAUGGAAGAGAAGAUGUUGAGGUGUGGGACAGAUGGAGCGUUUGGUUUGUUGUUCAUGUUGAAACUGUUUCAUGAGACUGAAAACUAACAAAUUACACUUUUUUUUCAGGUUUAAACUUGUUUUUUUUAUUUACUGCAUAUGUGUAGCAAAGCUUGUCCACUCAACUGUAAACAGUCUGCAGUAUUUUUACAAUAAAAUAUGUUAAUAAAGCCAG